GUCAUGUGACAGGACAGGAAGUAGGAAGUCCGAAGUGUGCCUACAAGGAAGAAGACAGCAAACCGAUAAACAAUACUGAAUAUUGGGGUUUAAACACAGGUUGGAUAUUUUGAGUUGACAUAGAAAUCUGACACAAGAUGUGGAAGUCAGGUGUUGGACACAACGUAAAAUCAAAUGCCCCUCCUGCAGAAGAAGAUGAUGAAUGGGAGACAGAUCCCGACUUCGUUAAUGAUGUGAGUGAGGUUGACCAAAGAUGGGGGGCCAAGACAAUCGAAGGAUCAGGUCACCAGGCUUCAAUCAAAAUGGAAGAUCUCCGAAAAAAUGUUGCCAUUGAUGAUAAAAACAUCAAGAAGGAUGAGUUUGAGAAAGGACCCAAGUCAUCGUAUGGUUAUGGGGGCAAGUUUGGUGUACAGAAGGACCGCAUGGAUAAGGUUGCUGUAGGUAAUGAAUAUAUAGCUAAACUAGAGCAGCAUAGCAGUGUGGCGGAUAACGCAAAAGGCUUUGGCGGCAAGUUUGGGGUCCAGCAGGAUCGGCAAGAUCAGUCCGCAUUAGGCUAUGAUUACACAGGGAAAACAGAGAAGCAUGCAUCACAGACAGAUCAUUCCACUGGGUUUGGCGGGAAGUUUGGAGUACAGAAAGAUCGAGUUGAUCGAGUAGCUGUUGGAUACGACCACAAGGAAAAAGCCAGCCAACAUGAGUCACAAACAGAUCAUUCCAAAGGAUUUGGAGGAAAGUAUGGUGUUCAGAAGGAAAACAUGGACAAAUCAGCUGUAGGAUAUGACCACAAGGAAAAUUUAGGCAAACAUGAGUCACAAACAGAUCAUUCCAAAGGUUUUGGAGGAAAAUAUGGAGUACAAAAAGAUAAUAUGGACAAAUCGGCUGUGGGCUAUGAACACCAAGAGAGAUUAGAAAAACAUGAGUCCCAAAAAGAUUACUCCAAGGGAUUUGGAGGAAAGUAUGGCGUACAGAAGGAUAACAUGGACAAGUCGGCCGUCGGAUGGGAACACAAGGAGAAACUGGAGAAGCAUGAUUCACAGAAAGAUUACUCACAAGGUUUCGGUGGUAAAUAUGGGGUACAGAAGGACAGACAAGAUGCCUCUGCGGGUGGUUACAGUCAGAUGGGCAAGACGGAACUACACGAGUCCCAGACAGACAUGAAGAAGGGCUUCGGGGGGAAAUUUGGUGUAGAUACAGAAAACCAGGAUGCGUCUGCUGGUUCCUUUGAUGACAUGGCUGGAGCUUCAACUUCCUACCAGAAAACACAAGCAAAUUCCAGUUCAGAUGGAGCAAAGAAUUUGAGAAACAGAUUUGAAAACUUAGCGAAAUCAAAUGAAGAAGAGGCCAGAAAAAGAGCAGAUGAAGAGAAGGAAAGACGGAAAAAAGUUGAGGAAAGAGAAAAAGCAGAACAAAAAAAACAGGAAGAGGAGCGUCGUAAUAGAGAGCGUUGGGAGGCCGAACAGACAGCUGAACCUGAAGCAGAACCUGAACCAGAACCAGAACGUGAACAACCCAAACCUCAGACUAGUGUUGAAAGUUUUGAACCCGAUGAUGAAUAUGGUGAUGUGACAUAUACACCGAAGGCUGAACCUGAACCUGAACCUGAACCAGAACCUGAACCUCGACCUGCACCUUCUGAACCAGUAGAGGAGGACCAAUAUGAACAGUUUGAGGAGGACCAAUACGCAACAGCAGAUAAAGGCAAGACAGCAGUGGCGUUGUACGACUACCAAGCUACGGAUGAUGAUGAAUUGAACUUUGACCCUGAUGAUAUUAUUACAAAUAUUGAAAUGAUUGAUGAUGGCUGGUGGAAGGGGAAGUGCCAUGGGAUGACUGGACUGUUCCCUGCAAAUUAUGUGGAGUUACAGCAAUAGACUGAUUGUGCCUUUCGCUACCUGAAGAACAAUCGUACCAGAUUCAUAUAUUACAUAACAGACAAGCUAUCCAUCUUGUCAAAAUAUGUAUAAGAACAGCAUCUUCCAACAAAAUAACAUGUGUUUGACAACAUUGGUGAUGUGAUGUGUGAGUAAAUUGUGUUAGCUUGGACGGUGAACUGUCACACUAUACCGUCAUUGUGGAGCUUGGACGCUGUAUUGUCGCACUAUACCGUCGUUGUGGAGCUUGGACGGUGUACUGUCGCACUAUACCGUCGUUGUGGUGCUUGGACGGUGUACUGUUGCACUAUACCGUCGUUGUGGAGCUUGGACAGUGUACUGUCGAACUAUACCGUCGUUGUGGAGCUUGGACAGUGUACUGUCGCACUAUACUGUCGGUGUGGAGCUUGGACGGUGUAUUGUCGCACUAUACCGUCGUUGUUGAGCUUGGACAGUGUACUGUCGAACUAUACCGUCAUUGUGGAGCUUGUACAGUGUACUGUCGCACUAUACCGUCGUUGUGGAGCUUGGACGGUGUAUUGUCGCACUAUACCGUCGUUGUGGAGCUUGGACAGUGUAUUGUCACACUAUACUGUCGGUGUGGAGCUUGGACGGUGUACUGUCGCACUAUACCGUCGUUGUGGUGCUUGGACGGUGUACUGUCGCACUAUACUGUCGGUGUGGAGCUUGGACGGUGUAUUGUCGCACUAUACCGUCGUUGUUGAGCUUGGACGGUGUACUGUCGCACUAUACUGUCGGUUUGGAGCUUGGACGGUGUACUGUCGCCCUAUACCGUCGUUGUGGAGCUUGGACGGUGUAUUGUCGCACCAUACCGUCGUUGUGGAGCUUGGACAGUGUACUGUCACACUAUACCGUCGUUGUGGAGCUUGGACGGGGUACUGUCGCACUAUACCGUCGUUGUGGCGCUUGGACCGUGUACUGUCGCACUAUACCGUCGUUGUGGAGCUUGGACGGUGUACUUUUGCACUAUACUGUCGGUGUGGAGUUUGGACGGUGUACUGUCGCACUAUACUGUCGUUUUGGAGCUUGGACGGUGUACUGUUGCACUAUACCGUCUUUGUGGAGCUGUCGCACUAUACUGUCGGUGUGGAGCUUGGACGGUGUAUUGUCGCACUAUACCGUCGUUGUUGAGCUUGGAUGGUGUACUGUCGCACUAUACCGUCGUUGUUGAGCUUGGACGGUGUACUGUUGCACUAUACCGUCGUUGUGGAGCUUGGACCGUGUACUGUCGCACUAUACCGUUGUGUGGUGCUUGGACAGUGUACUGUCGCACUAUACCGUCGUUGUGGAGCUGACGCACUAUACUGUCGGUGUGGAGCUUGGACGGGGUACUGUUGCACUAUACCGUCGUUGUGGAGCUCGGACCGUGUACUGUCGCACUAUACCGUUGUGGGGUGCUUGGACAGGGUACUGUCGCACUAUACCGUCGUUGUGGAGCUUGGACAGUGUACUGUCACACUAUACCGUCGUUGUGGAGCUUGGACGGUGUACUGUCGACUAUACUGUCGCUGUGGAGCUUGGACAGUGUACUGUCACACUAUACCGUCAUUGUUGAGCUUGGACGGUGUACUGUCACACUAUACCGCCGUUGUGAACCAUUACAGAAGAUCAUUGAUUUAUAAUCUGCAUACUCUAAAAACAAAAAAUAUGCAGUCAAUAUGUUUGGGGAUUAAAUUAGAAAGAAUUUCAUAAUGUCUUGUAGAUAUUUACAUGUCGGAGGUGAAACAAUUUUAUUUUAACAUUCUGAAGUAACAAAAUUACAUUGAAAUUCAACAUUGAUGAAUAAGCUAGAACAAAAUAGGUCUUCCAGUUAUUUUACACCAAUUUGUUAUUUGCAAAAUUAAGUAAUGCAUAUUCCAUGUCAUUUUAAUUUUAUGGCUUUUUUAAAAGAAUUAUUUGUAAUAAUAACAUUGACAACAUCUGGUACUGUUAAAAAGAUCCUCAAAUUUUGUCUGUCUGAGACACAACCAUAAUGUUGAAAAUGCUGCCUCUCAUAUAUAUUGAAACCUGUAUAAUACAGAUUUUUUCUUAAUUUAUAAUAUAUGUAUGUGCUGCUAAGAAUAUUUCAUAUAUUAAAAUAAAUCAUUUUGUAAAUCAUCACAAAAAUAUUUUUUAAAUUGCAAAUUGUCAUUCUGUACCAAACCUGCUGUAAUAUAUAAAUCUGCAUUUUACUAUCGUUGGUUAAAUGUAAGACUUGAUUUAAAACUAUGACUACCAAAUUCAUUAAGCAUUCAGCCCAUGUGUGGUUUAAAGACAAACAUAUCUAAUAUAUCUAUUGCAAUUCAGUUGAAUUACCAACAAAGGUUAUUUCAGUUUCCUGUAUAUAUCCCUUUUCCUGACAUUAUGAGUCCGGUUAUGUGUUGGUUGCUGUCUACCUGCAGUAAUUCACCAUGGCAACCUGAUGCUAACAUUUAUGAAUGAAUGGAUACCUGCUGGUUUGAAUGUAAGUUGUUUUAAUGUGCCAAUGUGACAUCUAUGUAAAAUUCCAUGAAUCACGUUCAAGUAAUUUCUUUUUCUAAGAAUUUCUACAAUUAUUUUGAAAGUUAUGAUAAAUUUUACCAAAUACUGACCAACACAAAUAUUAUGUCUCUUCACUAAUCAAUAAAACAAAACAACUGCUUUUAAUAUUGAAUAGGCUUUGUAUGGGUAGUCUGUGCAGACGAAAACUCAACAUAUCUAAAUUAUUGUUACAGAAAAUAUGGUCAGUAUUGCCAAUAAAAAAAUAAAAAAACAAAAUGUUACAAAUGUCACCUAGGGACAUGGAUAUUCAAUUAGCACCCCUAAGCAUAAUUAUUACAUUUGUAAAGUAGAUUGGAAGAUAAUAUAUUGAAGAGUGAGCUCUAUAAAGUCUGUAUGUUACUGUCUAUUGUCUAUUGAUUCAACAUGUGAUGUUUGAAAACUAAGUGGUAAUUUUCACACGGACUUAAGAAUUUGUUACAGCUAUAUUUUAACCUAAACUAAUGUGUUGAGAGUAAUUUGACAUGUUUCAGGGGUUUAGGUCAACUUUUGGUAAAAAUGCCACCCCCAAUGAUCAAAUACAAUAACAUAAGCUGUAGCAAAUUAUCAAGUCCCUGUGGUAGUUUCCUGUGACAGUGUAGCCAUUUAGAUGUUCCACUUUGUGAUGUAGUGAAACAAUAUAGGAUUGGGGAACUCGCUUGGACAUUCAAACAACAAUUUAUCUGCUUCAACAUUUAAUUCCAAGAGAGAGAGAGAGUGAGCUAGCCUCCUAUUGAGUGGGAGUUAUCUCCCUCUUAACAGAUAUCCCUUGAGGAAGAGUUCCACAAUGAUAGCCUUGUGAAAUGAAGAGUAAUUAACUUAUUCACCCAUGAAGACAAAAUUCAGCUCUUCCAAUCAAAGGUUGGAAUAGUUCAUUAUGAAAUUUCAGGGGUGAAUGAGUAAAUAUGUGACCAGUUAGUUAAUGACACCAGUGGAGGUACACAAGUAUAUACUGAUAACAAUUAAGUGUAUGUUAUACUGAAGUAAAUUAUAUACAUGUGUAUAUAACUGUACAUGUAUAUUGACUUUAUACAUGUGUAUAUAACUGUACAUGUAUAUUGACUUUAUACAUGUAACAUUGAAAUUUGUCUCUCUUUUUUCUGAAAAUGUUACCAUUUUUUUAAUCAUGUAAAAAAAACAUUGAUUUGAGCAAGGUUAUCGGGUGAAAUGUGAUAGACUUUGCCCCCGGAAUGAUGUGUGAAGUAAUUCUGAUGAACGUAUGUAUGCAUUAUAUGAAGGCAUGGAAGAAUUUUUACUUACUAUAUAUAUACGUGUAUAUAUCGACUACAUACAUGGUACUAUUUUUGUAUGUUCCCCCCGUGUAAAAUGGAAAGGCAUCCUAUUGUAUUAUUGGACAGUGUACAGGAAAUAUCUGCAAUUAUGAAAACUAUUGAAAAAAUAUUAAUAUUAAAAAUAUCAAAUUAA